AUGGAGCCCAAACUACCAGUAUUGGACGGAAAUUUCAAACUUUUCUGCCCACUGGCCAUAAAAAUGUCUCCCAGGCUUAUCAGAGCACAGGCGGAUGUAGCAUUCCAACUCAAUAAAAACCCCAAUACCAGACUACCAGAAUAUAAACAUCCAAGAUUUCCUGGCCAGAUUCUCUAUACUUAUGCAUUGAAUGAUCCUGUAUUCAUUCAUAUAGAUAUCCAGGCUCAAAAUCAUAUGGUCAUCGAUUCUGCAGGGUUUUUUUUGGACGCAUUCACUAGAUCUCAAAGAAAUGAAAUGAAAAGUGAGAGACCCUGCCUGUUCUCGGAGUUCACCAGUUUCGAGUCUUAUUACGAUGCUCGAUUCGUAUUCUAG